AUGUCCAUCCGGACAGUGGGCGUGGUUGGCACCGGGGUAAUCGGCUCCUCUUGGAUAGGCCUGUUUCUAGCCCGCGGCCUCCAAGUCAUUGUUUCCGAUCCUGCAUCAGGCGCGGAGCAAAAGCUCGCAGCCUACCUCCAAGCCAUCUGGCCGACCAUGCAAAAGUCGGGCCUGGCACCGAAUGCCGCAUUGACCAAUUACCGCUUCGUGGGUGCACAAUUCAAGCAUCAUUUUGCCAAUGUCGACUUUGUCCAAGAGAAUGCGCCCGAACGCAUCGAGUUGAAAACCGAUAUCCUUGGCGAGAUAGACGCCGCGACUCGCCCAGACGUUGUCAUUGCGUCGUCUUCGUCCGGCAUACCUAGUUCCCGGUUUAUAUCGAAAUGUGCCGUCAACGCAGGGCGCGUGCUCAUAGGACAUCCCUUCAAUCCUCCUCAUUUAAUGCCGCUCGUCGAGGUAGUCCCCCACGCUGAGACGGCGGCAGCGAGCACGGAAACAGCCAUGAACUUCUACAAGUCGCUGGGUCGAAAGCCCGUGCUUAUUCGCCAGGAGAUACCUGGCUUCGCGGCCAACCGUCUCCAGGCAGCGGUCUGCAAUGAAGCAUAUAGCCUUGUGAGCCGCGGUGUUUUAUCAGCACAGGAUCUAGGCGAGUCGACUUGUGAUACGUGUGUUACCAGUAGCCUUGGGCCGCGUUGGGCUGUUACCGGCCCGUUGCUGUCAAACGCCAUGGGGGGCGGAGGCGGCACCGACGGCUUCAAGCAUUUCCUGGAGCAUUUGGGGCCUGCCACCAGGAGUUGGAUGGACGAUAUGCAGGCUCAUGCGUUUCAGUGGACUCCCGAGGGUCUCGCGACGCUGCGGGAGAGUGUUGCUAAAGAAUUGCAGGGCAAGGAUACCAAGGAGCUGGAACGAAAAAGGGACCAGUGUCUUGUGGAAGUCCUCCGGGUCAAGGGUGACAUGUAG